CACACUCCGUUAAUCACUUUCAAAGAUACGAGAAAAAAAAUCCAAAGUAUCGUUGAAAAAUCACAUAAGUCCCUCCUGUUAUGCUCUUAUUUUCUCAUUUUUUUUAAGGUAGAAAGCUAGACAUUUUCAAAGGAUAACUCGUACUUUUAGGUUGUCACUACAAUCGCCGCUACCUGAAUCUGUUAUCACUCGAUCCUUGCUCCCUGUUAUCUCCCUCCAUAGUUCUUGCUGCCAUCAUUUCUGGACGUUUAUCUAAGGUGAUAGUAAUCUGAUGCACCAGACCACAACACAGGAGUCUAGAGGAGUGUGUGUGUAGUGUAAGCAGGUGUGUGGAACGCUCAUCUGCUGGCACGUAUGUACACUACUAACCUAACCGAACCUACUACAUGACCGUGAACUCUAUGGAGACGCAUGGGGGUGCAUGUGUGCCAACAUUUCACAGAGGAGACACAUGAGCCAGGGAGUCAUGAUGCAGUAUGGGCGAGACAUUAAUAUUAUUUGGCCGGUUUACCUAAUUUUUGGAUGGCUCUGCGAGGAUUACGGGUGGUGGAGAUGGCAGGUCUGGCUCCUGCUCCAUUCUGUGGCAUGAUUAUGGCUGACUUUGGUGCAAACGUUAUCAGGAUUGAUAAGACAAGAGGACCCGACCAGGACCGGCUAGGACGAGGCAAGCGGUCACUGGCACUGGACCUCAAGAAGCCGGAGGGUGUCAAUGUGGCCCGGAGGCUGUGUAGCAAUGCUGACGUUCUCAUCGAGCCGUUCCGAAGGGGAGUCAUGGAGAAGCUUGGACUGGGGCCAGACACUCUCCUCAAAGACAACCCAGGGCUUAUCUAUGCCAGGCUGACUGGAUUUGGCCAGUCAGGGCCAUGUGCAGACAUGGCUGGCCAUGACAUAAACUAUGUUGCCUUAUCAGGUUUACUGUCCAUGUUGGGUCGCAAAGGUGCACCGCCAACACCACCCAUCAACCUCCUGGCAGACUUUGCUGGCGGCGGCUUGAUGUGUGCGCUGGGCAUCAGCCUUGCACUUCUAGAACGCUCCAAAUCAGGAAAAGGUCAAGUCAUCGAUGCCAACAUGGUGGAGGGUGCCGCUUACGUUGGCUCAUGGAUAUACUCCUCUCAGGGGAUGUUCUUGUGGGGUAAACCUCGAGGGGAAAACUGGCUGGACUCUGGUGCACACUUCUAUGACACCUAUGAGACCAGUGAUGGCAGACACAUGGCAGUGGGAGCUAUUGAGCCUCAGUUUUAUGAGGAACUCAUCUCCCUUCUUGGCCUUGAUGCAGAAGAGGUGGGACAGUUUGAUGAACCUGAAGAGAUGAAGAAAAUAAUUGCUGCAAGAUUCAAGGAGAGAACACAAGCAGAGUGGAGCAAAGUGUUUGAAGGGAAGGAUGCUUGUGUGACUCCUGUACUGAGCAUGGAGGAAGCACCACACCACCCUCACAAUGUCGCCAGAAAUUCCUUCAUUCCAUCCGUCUACUCUCCGGACACCUACGAGCCUCGCCCUGCCCCGAUCCUCUCCCGCACCCCUGCCACCUUGCCGCCAGGACUGAGGGCACCACAGAUAGGGGAGCACACCAUUGAGAUUCUCACUGAGGCAGGAUACUCCAAGGCAGCUAUUGAGGAACUGUUAGCAGGGAAAAUUGUUGCUGAUGCCAAGAAGAAAGCAAAGUUAUAGUGUGUGUGUGUGUGUGUGUGUGUGUGUGUGUGUGUGUGUAUCAGUGUUUCAUUGAAGUGAGUUUGAACCUACCAUUAUUGUUCUGUAUAUAUAUAAUGGCUUACUCAGUUAUGCCUGUGUGAAUGGAGUAUGUAAUAGAAUAUAUAUAAACAUACUUGUGGAAUCUGCUGUUUUAUAAAAAGAUGGGAAUAUUUUUAAAAAAUAAUAAUUAUAAAAAGUUGUGAAUGACCUCUACAGUGUAUGAGAAGAACUAAUUACAAUCAUAUUCAUAUUGAUUUAACUUACAUAAAAAAUAAUAACUAAUUUUAAAGUUUUCAGUGUAGUAUAUUCAUGUAAUUUAUGAUACAUUUCUUUUUUAGACCUAGAGAAAUAUAGAUGAAGUUUAUUUUGAAGAUGCUUGGUAUGAUAUGGAGGUUUUGAAUUGAGUAGAGAUAUAGUCUUACUUCUGAUAAUGCAGAGUUUUGGUCUGACAGGAAAGUUUUGAGGUAACUUGAGAGAAAAACCAGCACUGGUAAUACAGGUAUGACUUGGUGUGAAGAUUUGCUUUGAAAGGACCAGAGAGAAAACUUUGUUCUUCAUAACUCAAGUGUGUGUGUGUGUGUGUGUGUGUGUGUGUGUGUGUGUGUCUGCAAUAACAAGGGGACAGAACAAUUACUGUUACAAUGGUGCUCAGAUAAUUGUAAGUAAUUAGAUGCCUUUAUUGUGGCACAAAUAGGUGGGUGAUUCUCUCUCUCUCUCUCUCUCUCUCUCUCUCUCUCUCUCUCUCUCUCUCUCUCUCUCUCUCUCUCUCUCUCUCUCUCUCUCUCUCUCUCUCAUUGAUAUAACACGGUUUUCAGUUGUAUUUAUACGAUAUUAAAUAAAUACUAUAACUGAUA